AAAAAAAAGUCUAAAAAUGUAACAAAGUGUUAAAUGUUUAAUACUAUCCAAAUGUUAGCUAGCGAGACUUUCACUAUUCAUACUGUAUAAUAGCUUUAUCAAGAGUUCUCUUGUAUUUAAUUUGGAUUGCUCUUCACAAGGUUAACUAAAGGAGAGUUGUGCAGUGUGUUUGAAAAGCAGAGUCACAUAGCAUAUAUAGGGACGCUCGUGUGGUGGGGAUCGGAAUAAAUGAGCAAUGAAGAAUAGGGUGAGACAAGUCAAUAAAUCACUAGUAUCAUACCACCACGCCGCUUGUCAAAAGCAACUAGGCAUGCCUCUACUUUCUCCCCUGCUCUGAGUUCUUGUUUCAUCCACACGGUGCAUGCAAUUACUAAUUACACUCUGCAUUCACUUCAUUUUCAUAUACCUAUGUGCAUCCCUAUUACAAGCUAUACUAUACUGCCGCUUCUUUACUACAUUGCUGAAUGCUGAGAGCCAAAGAAUUCAGAAUAUUUAAUUCCAGGUUCAUGCUCUUCUCAAAGUGAAACUAGAACUAUAUUUAAUGAAUGGCCAAUUCUUGCAUGGAAAUAAUCUUGAAAAGUAAAAGCAUAUAGGUUCCAUGUUUCUCCUUUUUGUUCAUUUUAAGCGGUAAUUGAGUUUCAUGUCGUUCCCUUUUUAUUAUAUCAUAAUUAAGCCCGGGCAAGCACACGUUCAGCACGCAAUGAAACAGAGGAAUUAGAGGUUCCGAGUUCUGAGCAUGAACUGAACUUAUAAAUGAGGGUCUGCGCUAUUAGUAGUAGCUUCCAAGAUUAAAAAAAAAAAAAACCUGCCCUGGAACCUAGCAAAAGAUUAUUUAUAUUAUAUCUCAUUCUAUAUAAGCUUGCAGCAUAUUCAUUUUUUCUACUACUCAAAUAACUAAGUUUGUUGUUUAUUCAGGAUGGGGUUUGUGGUCAAAUGUUCUAAAGCUCGAAGCAUUUGCAUGGUGUCCAUGGCCUUUGCCCUAACAGUGCUCCUAGUGAGGUAUGAGGUGUUAGAGGAUGAGAUGUUAUUUUCAAAGAGAAACACAACAAUGAUCAAAACUAGGAAGCAUUUGAAGAGGCCUACCUCUGGCUCUGGUGUAGAUGUGGAGGACAUGAACCGCAUAGGGAAGGCAUGCUCGAAGGAGGACAUAGCCAUAUAUACGGGGGAAGCGGCUCCUCUACCAAGCGGGAUACCUUCCUAUGCAGUUCAAAUAAUGAACAAAUGCAGCAAUGAUUGCAGCAUAGCCAACAUUAGGCUUCACUGCGGCUGGUUCAGCUCCGCUAGGUUGAUCAACCCAAGACUGUUCCGCCGCCUCCGAUAUGAUGAUUGCCUUGUCAAUGAUGGCCGGCCCCUUCCCCCUGCCACAGCCAUCUCCUUUCAGUAUGCCAACACUUUCCGCUACCCUCUCACCGUUGCAUCCCUCGUUUGCUUAUAGACUCUACUCGCUAACUCUCAUGUUUUCGAUCAGUUCAUGAAAUCUAUGUAGAUGGUUCCAUAAAAGACAUCUUCAAGUGAAUUGUCAAGCCGUU